CAGCAGCUGAGUCAUCUUCUCAACAAGGCAACGAGCAUUUGACAUGGAAAUGAAGAGCGUCCGAAUCUUGUGCGCUUUGGAAGGAGAUAGUGAAGAAGUGUGGGGGUGUGCCUUUAGCUGCAAAGGCCCUUGGAGGGCUAAUGCGCUUCAAAAAUGAGGAAAAUGAGUGGUUAUUUGUUAAAGAAUGUGAAAUUUGGAACUUAUCCCAGAAUGAAAAUUCGAUCUUGCCUGCUUUGAGAUUAAGUUAUUAUAAUCUUCCAUUGGAAUCAAGAUGAUGUUUUGCUUAUUGUGCUGUUUUCCCAAAGGGUUCUACAAUUGAAAAGGAAAAAUUAAUCCAUCUUUGGAUGGUUAAUGGCUACAUUUCAUGCAAAGGAAGGCCGGACCUGGAAGAUAUUGGUGAUCAGAUAUGGAACGAAUUGUGUUGGAGAUCUUUUUUUCAAGAUGUGAACAACGAUGAAAUUUUUCGAAUGACAUGGUUCAAAAUGCACGAUCUUAUGCAUGAUCUUGCCUAAUCAGCUAUGGAGGAUGAGUAUCUGGUGAUGGAGUUUAAAAGUUCGAGUAAUAUAUCCAACAAAGAAGUUCAUCAUGUAACACUGGUUAAUGAUUGGAUAGAUAAUUUUAAUGACACGUUUUGUAAUGUUGUAUCCUUGAGGACAUUCCAACUACAAUAUCCACCAUUUUCCUACAGCAAGCGGGGCAAUUUUUUGUGUGAUUUUAGGAAGUUUGGUUCACUGCAAGUUUUCCAAGAAAGCAGCAGUAGCAUGACAAGGUUGCCAUCUUCAAUUGGCAACUUAAAACAUCUGAGGUAUUUAGACCUUCAUAAUACUAAUAUCAAGCAGCUUCCUAAUUCAAUUUGUAGUCUCUGGAAUUUGCAGACAUUAAUUCUAGACUACUGUCGGAAACUUGAGAGAUUGCCCAAGAACAUGAAGUACCUGACAAGUCUCCGACAUCUUUAUCUGAUAGGUUGUCCGUUAAUUGAGAUGCCCCCAAAUAUUGGGCAGCUAACUUACCUGAAGACAUUAAAUGUAUUUAUUGUGGGUCAGAGCAAAGGUUGUAGUCUAGCUGAAUUGAAAUGCUUAAACCUUGGAGGACAACUUCGUAUCGAGAACCUUGAGAGAGUGAGAAAUCCGAUGGAUGCCAAAGAAGCCAAUUUGGUGGAAAAGCAAAAUCUUUGUCGAUUAGAACUAUAUUGGGAAUAUGAUUUGGCUGAAUCUGGAUCACGAAAAGAUGUUGAAUCUGAAUUAGUAAUUGAAGCCCUUGAACCUCAUCCAAACCCGAAGGCAUUGGUCAUACAAGGUUAUAAAGGUUCCCAAUUCCCGCUCUGGAUGAGGGAUUCAGUUAUGAAAAAUAUAGUUAAAAUUUAGCUCUCCGAAUGCAAAAAUUGCUUACAACUUCCACCGUUUGGACAACUUCCUUUGCUACAAAGCCUUAGAAUUGAUGGAAUGGAUAAAGUACUGGAGUAUCUUGACAAUGACUUUCCUGGUGGUGGAGGCCCAGUGAGAGGAUUCCCAUAUUUGGAAGUACUCCAUAUUGGAAGUUGUCCAAAUUUGAAAGGUUUGUCAAGGGAGGAGGGAAGAGAGUUGUUCUCGUCUUUGCAAUAUUGAGAUUGGAAGUUGUCCUUUAUUGAGCUUUCUGUAUCUUUUGUCCCCAAAAGAACUAUUUCUCUACGACGAGUGCACCAACGUUAUACUAAAUUCAAUAUCAAAACUUAUUAGUCUCACUUCCCUACGUGUUAGUGUUAAUCAUGAGGCGGUUUCUUUUCCAAAAAAGGUGCUGAGAAACCUUACUCUUCUUAAGUCACUGAGGAUUGUGAGUUUUUCAAACCUUAAAGUGUUGCCUAAAGACCUUGCAAGCAUCGUUGCAUUAAUUUCUUUGUCUAUUGGUGACUGUCCAGAGCUUGAGUCUUUGCCAAAGGAAGGGAUACAAGGCCUUGAAUCUCUCCAAUCGUUGCAUAUUGACAACUGCCCGAAGAUUGCAUCACUUCCGGCGAGUAUUCAAAAUCUUACCAAACUCUAAAGCAUAGACAUUUGGGGUUGCAGUCCUGAACUGGCAAGGCGAUGUGAGAAGGGAAAGGGGGAGGAUUGGUAUAUGAUUGCACACGUACCAGAAGUCUUUAUAAGGUGCUGAUGCCAUGCUUUUGGGACAUAAUGACAGCAUGAUGGCUGCUAAUUUUGAAGUGGUUGUGGGCAUCAGAUGCAUUGUUGAUGGGGAAGGUUUUGGGCUGCCUAUGGGUUUGAGGUUGGCUGAUAUAUAGAAGUGGUUUGGUAAGCUGUUCUGUUCUCCCAUCACUCACCAUUCAGGGCUAGAGAUUUGUGGCCACUUGGUUUCUCUUCUGCAGAAUAAAGAUUAAAUGUAGGCCUUAUUUGUCAGUGUGUAAUAAUGUUAGUGUGUGAUGGACACUGGGGCUCUGGCCUUCUGAGGUUGGAGGGUUGAAGCCCUCCCAUAUUAUGGCCACUUUGUGUUCUCGGUUGCUUUCAAUAAUUUGAUGUCGAGUUUCUGUUUUGGUUUUGGGUCUUGAUCAGAGGCUAGUGGGAAGGGGUUUUAGUAAGCUGUUGUAUUCUCGGACUCCUCUGUGUCAAUGUGUGGGCUCAAGGCUUGAGAUUUUCUGAUGAAGGGAGGAAAUUUAUAUAA